GUUCUUCCACUUUCUAAAGCUCAGACACAUGGAAAUCUACGCGAUUGCUGGAGAAAGCUGUAUUUUUAAGAGAAAGGGAGGCCUUUGAAGUGGCAGGUUGAAGGGGUUCCCUCGAUCCCUGCCUGGAAGGGCGGUGGGGCGCAGUGGGGCCCCUACGAGGGGCUCGGGCACGUUUUCCGCCCCUUCAGCACAGCGGGAGCGCCGCCCGACACCCGGGGUGCGAGGAGAGGGCCCGCGCAGGCCCGCGUCGCCAUAGCGACAGCACGGCGCUGUGGCCAUGGCGAAAAAGGAGGGGAAGGCCAACGAUGGCCUAGUCGCUGAAAUUGAGAAAAAGAUUACAGAAGCUUUUGAGGUGUUUGACCGUGAAUCCAAUAAAACUGUGGAUGUCAGGGAGAUUGGUUGCAUUAUCAGGUCACUGGGUUGCUUCCCAAAUGAGGCAGAAGUACAGGAACUGCUUGCACAGAUAGAAGUAGAAGAACCAGGUGGAUUUGUUCAUCUGGAAAAAUUUCUUCCAGUGAUGACAAAAGUUCUACUUGAUAGAAGAUUCCGGCCUAUUCCAGAAGAUGUUAUUCUACAUGCAUUUGAGGCUUUGGAUGAGAAUAAAUGUGGAUAUAUUACCAAAGAGGACCUGGUUAAACAUUUGACUGAAGAAGGUGAGCCCUUUACUCAGGAGGAAAUGGAGGACAUGCUUGCUGUUGCUCUAGAUCCAGAAACAAAUAUUCUUCACUACAGAGACUACCGUACAAAGCUGGUAGUAGAUGAAACUAAGACCUUCCCCUUUAAUGUCUGAGAUGCCUUUUGGUAACAGCACCAUGGUUUGACAGAUAGUUGAAAUACGUAUUUCAAAGUAUAACAAAGCUCAGCUUGUGACUUUGUGCUUAUAAUUAAAAUAAAAUCUGUAGUUAUGUUUCCUUGGCUUAUGUGUGCAUGUGUGUAUAUAUAUAUACAUAUACAUAUAAAAAUAUAUUCAUACCUGUAAAAAGAGCUCUUGACUUUGUAAGGUCUAGAAAAUAAAAUAAUGGAAUUUUGUUGAAAAAUAGCAGGAAAAAUAAUGUUAAUGAAGUCAAGAAGUAACUUUAUGAUUGCUUUUGAAAAACUAACAGAAAAUGAGACCUGUGAAAACACAUAAUAUGCAGAUAAGUGAGUAUCUUAAGGUGACUAAUACUAGUAAGAUGAAACUUUUAUAUUUAACUGUAAUCCUUGUUUGUGUUUAACUAAUAAGGAACCAGAUAGGUUAUAUAUUUUGAAAUAUUAUAAUAGAUCAAAUGAACUUUUUAUAAUUUCUAGUGUUUUUCAAGUAUUUGUGUUUUGUUUACCAUAGGCCAUUAAACUGGACCAGUUAGUUCCAGUUCAUAUUACUAAUCCACUGUCAUAGUAUUUUGCUUUCAUUUUAAACAUGCAGGGAACACUCCAACCAUUUCCAUAGUCAACCUAAACCUUGAGAGCAUUUUGGUUACUAUAGGAAAUGAACAGUUCCCCUUUUGUAAUCAGUUUGAAAGUCAGUAAUUUCAACUCUUCAAAACUUAGGAUCACAGGAUGAGAACUUGAUUUUCAUAAACUGAUGAAGUACCAUUUUUCGAAAGAUAUUAGUGUAGAUUGGAUGUCUCAGCUUUUCUUGCUAGCAGAUCACCAUAGGUCUCGCAGCUCUUCUCAUUUCUGGUUUGAUAAUUUCCUGUUAGUGUAUGGCUGUUCUUUAACUUGAGUUCAGGUUCUUUCCUGUCCAGUUCUUGCUGUACAUCAUCUUCUAAUAAGUGACCAGCAGCUGAUGAGAUCUCAGCUUGUAGGAUAUUCUGUGUUUUGCUCCUCAAGAGUAGCAUCUUGCACUUUGUACUCCACCUCAUUUCUGUUUUACUACUCUCUAUCAAGUUUGCUUUCUUCCUGUACUGUGUUCUAUCUCUCCUUUGUCCCAACUGCAUAUUCCAGCUCUGUGUCAUCCACAGCCUUCAUCAGCUGAUGAAACCCAGGGAAGACUGACACGGAGAGGCACUGAGUCCUUACUCCUUGUCAUGCCCUUCUAGUGGCAGCGCUGAGAAUAGAGCCUAGGGCUCCUCCUUGUAUUAGGUCUUUUGCACUGCCCAUUUGUUUCCUUUGGGCUGGCAUCUCAUACAAACUGCUUUCAUGCACAGCUACUAGUGAUCUGCUGUGUUUCACAAAGAAAAUAUUAGUAUGAUCUAAAUUGAGUGAUGGAAGCAGUCUGAAAGAGACCAUUUUUUGAUUCACCCUUUACUUCUCUAACCCAAGUUGUCUUUCACUGAUACUUGCUUAAACAGCAAGACAAUGAAGAGUUAAUGCAGGUAGACAACAUUUGCACAGUUCUAAGCUGCAUCUGGGAAACACUGUUGCACUGCUCCUAAGACUCAGCCAUGCACUCUGGUUAAUACAUUUACUAUGGGUUCCACUUCAUUGCCAGUGAAGGAAAAACAAAGGCUGUCAUUAGUGUUAUACUGGGGGAAGAUACAGGUUUUUGAAGAUUAAAGCAAGAGCAACAGAGGCCGAUUAAGAAAGUAUAUUUUUAUUGGCCUUCUUCAGUCUCUCUUUCAAUGCUGAAAUUAUUUUCUGUAGAUGAAACCUUCUUCCAUUUAAUGGAAGAUGUGUUGAUGUGUUGUACUGGACUUCUGAAACAGGUGAUGUGGGUGCAAGUUUCAUUCAUAUGCAGUCUUGGAGUCCUUGUCAGUGUCAUCUUGGAUAUCAUCAGAAAGAUGUUUAUUUCAGGAUAUCAUUUCAUAGCUCCCAGUGCUCCAGAGAGAGCACAAUUUGUUUCUAGCAGUGUUUCCCCAGAGGCUGCCUCAGCUGUUGCUGUGUCAAGUCAGGAUGUCCAUGUACAACACUUACAAUUCAUAGUGCAGGUAGGAUCUUAACAAACAUUCUUUUAUUAUAUAUAUAUAUAUAUCAGUUCUCAAAUGCAAGGAAAGAGGGUAUUCUGGAAAAUAAAAAGUGUGAUUGUGUCUGAAUUUAUUGUACAGCCACUCUUCUAGUUCCAUCUUCUUGUACCUGUCCCCAAGAAAGAUAUGUGCAAACAGGACAGACAAAAGCAGGUUGCAAUCUUAUCUUUGGGCAUAAGCAAGCAAAUUUUAUUGCUAUGGAGUUUCAAACUGCGGGUGAAAGAAUUGUCAAGAACCAACAUCAGACUCUGUAGGAUCCUAAAACCUGAGUGCACUCUGGCAGCUAGGAUUAAAUAGAGUGACCUGACAGGCUUCUGAAGCAGCUGUCACAUAGGUCACCCCAGAAGAGUCUGAGCAGUGACCACACAUGACUGUUUCCUUGCCUGUGCCUUUCAUCACUUGGCAGCCCAUGGCCACCCUUUUCCCCAUGGGGUGGUAGGCUGCAUGAGGGACUGAGUGCCCUGCUUCUCUGUGCUCCCUGGGGAUGAGCAGAGACCCAUAUGCUAGGGAAAGGGAGGGGAGACUUAGGGAACCAUUUUGGUGAAACUAAAACCCAUCUUUGUUUCUAAAUUUGAAGGGAAAAAUAUGUUACUUUGUCCUUUUCUUUAAGGUGAACAAAUUGAACUGCUGAGUGGGCUUGAGCUGUCUCUUAUUACGUGCCUCUGCCUGCUGGCUGUUUUGCCUCUUCCCUCAAGAUUGGGAACCAAGGUAAGGGACUGGAACAAAAGGAGAGAUCUCCAGGGAGGAACCAGUGUAGCACCUGGAUUUCACACAGGGAAGUAGAGCCAAGGCACUGAAAAAAUUAGGCAAGUCGGAGGGUUUUUUGACCUAAUUGAAGGAGGGAGAGAGAAGGGAACUCAUUAUCCAGAUGUGAAAAACAAAACAAAAUUAAAAGAAGAAAAAUCAAAGAAGCAAACACUGGAAACCAUCUACACGUACAACUGAAUCAGCAGGCUGUUUACAUCACUGCUGUGAGCUGUAGUCUGGACAAGGUUUUACUUGUUUAAAAUCUUAAGUAGGUUCAGCUGUGUCAGGUCUUAUCUAGUGUAUAGUGGAGACCUCAGUCUUACUGAUGCUGUGGAGGAAUUCUUCUAGCUGCUGAGCUUGUGCUUGGGAGUACAGUUGCUCAUAUUCCAGGUAAUACAUUGCUUUUUGUGUUUCCUUCAUCAGCUUUGAAGUUGCUUCUCCAAAACACUCUUCUGUCUGUUAGUGAUAGUCCCAUAUAUAUUCACACCUGAAGACUUCAGUGUUUUCCCACUGCAAUGUGUACCAACGUGAUAUUUACAGCUGCUUGAGACUCUCCACUGGCUGUGGGCAGAAACAGAAGUUGCAGGACUUCCUUCACCAAAAUACUAAUGGGCCAGCAUCAGACCUGGGACUCCAGGGAAAGAACUGGGUUCAUCUGUGCACCUCCACCCAUGAUAUCACACAGAGCCUGCAAAAUGUUCAGGCUCUUAGCUCUGCUCACACAAUAAGAAUUUUCUACCUUUUCCUCUUGUUUCAGUCAGUCUUUUCUUUUGAUUGUCUUAUGUGUCAUUUUAUUAAUACAGUUGCAUGAUAUCUCAUGAGGAUUGAAAAUUCAAGAGAGUUUUGCUUUGCUCCACACUGCUGAUGCACUGCUGUGCUCUCUGACAGCUGCCCAUAUCAGGGUGGGAUUUAUCACUGGAUCUAGACUUGUUACCACUGAAAUCAGCGUGGGCAAAGCCUUCAUCACAGGCAACCGGAAGAGCCUGGCCCUCCAGUUUCAUGGGAGAAAGUGGUUGGGGAUGCUGGAGUUCAGUCAAAGCUGGGAUAGGCAUGGGAAGUUAGGAUUGUUUAUGACCAGUAAUACUGUUAUAAUUGUGUGAAAGGGAGACAGCAGUCUUGACAAUGACAGGAGGUUGGCAGACAGGUUUCAUUUUGGACUUCAUGAGAGGUAUUGGAAGGUCACACAGUCUCUUGCUACCUGACCCUCUAUGUAUAAAGUCAGAGGAAUUAUAAAGACUAGGAGACAGGAAAUAUCAGUAAACUCACUAAUUCUGUUUGCACAGUGUUUUGUACUAUGAUGGUCUGAUUGAAAUCAGUGCCUACAGACCUCCCUGUAACAUAAUUAAUAAAGUUCUCAGACUUCAA